CCUCCCCACGUUUCCAUGGAGACCGGCUGCUUUUUCGCUCCCCCCAUUUUUGCUGCCGUUUCCCGGCGCUGCGGUCGCAUUGGAUCCCGGCGCCGCUGUGGGGCUGCGGGCAGAGACAAGCUUUUUGGGAAGCGGUUGCUCCAAGCCGGGCGCUACAUCAUGUCCCACAAAGCCUGGAUGAAGACGGUGCCCACCGAGAACUGCGAUGUGCUCAUGACCUUCCCAGACACCACGGACGACCACACGCUGCUCUGGCUGCUGAACCACAUCCGCCUCGGCAUCCCCGAGCUCAUCGUGCAGGUGCGGCACCACAAGCACACCCGCGCCUACGCCUUCUUCGUCACAGCCACCUACGAGAGUUUGCUGCGUGGGGCCGAUGAGAUCGGGCUGCGGAAACCGGUGAAGGCUGAGUUUGGGGGCGGCAUGCGGAGCUUCUCCUGCGAGGAGGACUACAUCUAUGAGAACAUUGAGAAUGAGCUUUACUUCUUCACCUCUCAGGAACGGCAAAACAUCAUCAGGUAUUGGCUGGAGAACCUGCGGGCCAAGCAGGGCGAGGCACUGCACAACAUCCACUUCCUGGAGGGACAGCCCAUCAUCCCGGAGCUGGCGGCCCGCGGCGUCAUCCAGCAGGUCUUCCCACUGCACGAGCAGAGGAUCCUCAAACGGCUGAUGAAGUCGUGGGUGCAGGCGAUCUGCGAGGCGCAGCCGCUCGAUGAGAUCUGUGACUACUUCGGGGUGAAGAUCGCCAUGUACUUUGCCUGGCUCGGCUUCUACACCUCGGCCAUGGUGUACCCUGCUGUGUUCGGCUCCAUCCUCUACACUUUCACCGAGAGCGACCAGACCAGCCAGGACAUCUCCUGUGUGGUGUUCGCCAUCUUCAACGUUGUCUGGGCCACGCUCUUCCUGGAGGAGUGGAAGCGCCGCGGGGCAGAGUUUGCCUACAAGUGGGGGACGCUGGACACCCCUGCGGAGUCCAUCGAGGAGCCCAGGCCCCAAUUCAGGGGGGUGAAGAGGAUCAGCCCCGUGACCAGCGCCGAGGAGUUCUACUACCCGCCCUGGAAGCGGCUGCUGUUCCAGUGCCUGGUCAGCCUGCCCGUCUGCCUCGCCUGCCUCUCCUUCGUCUUCCUCAUCAUGCUGGGCUGCUUCCAGCUCCAGGAGCUCGUGCUGAGCGUCAAGGAGCUGCCCCGCAUCCUCCGCUUCCUGCCCAAAAUCGUGCUGGCCGUCAUUGUCACGACCUGCGACGAGGUUUACAAGAAGAUCGCCUACUGGCUGAACGAUAUGGGGGACGCCAGGGAUGGGUGCCCUGCCCUGCGGGGAUGCCGCGGGGAUGGGGUCGGGAGGGGGAUGUGGGGGUGGUGGCACCCCCCGGUGACAGCGGUGUCCCCGCAGAUGCUGGCCACGCUGCUCAUCACGCGCCAGUUCCUGCAGAACGUCAAGGAGGUGUCACAGCCCCACCUGUACCGCCGCCUGCGCCGCGGGGAGCUCAGCCUGCGCAACCUCCGUGAGCUGUCCCACACCAUCCUUCGCCUGCUCGCCCAUCCCCGCGCACCCCAGGCUGCCGGAGCAGCCCACGAGGGGCCGCGGGGGGAGAAGAAGUGUCUGAAUGGGGGUUGUGGGGUGCCCGAGGAGGAGGAGGAGGAGGAAGAGCGUCGGGAGUCAGAUUCGGAGGAUGAGAGCGCGCUGGACUGCGGGCUGAAGCUGAAGAAGGUGAGCUUCAUCGAGAAGGCGGAGCGGCGCGGCACCGAGCCCUGCGGCACCGAGGAGGAGAGCUUCCUGGAGGAGGGCAGCCCCACCAUGGUGGAGAAGGGCAUGGACCCCGCCUCUGUCUUCGAGCUGGGUGAUGAUGAGGAGGAUGCUGAAGGCCCCUCAGGCAGCCCGGCCAAAGCAGCGGUGCCGGCCACAGGCCCACGGGUCACGAGGAGGAGGAGGGAGGAAGAUGAGGGUGAGGAGGAAGGGCGCAGGCAGAACCGGGCGUCAUGGAUCGAUCCGCCUGAGGAGGACUACUCGACACAGCUGACGCAGGCAGAGGUGGAGAGCUGCAUGAAGAAGUACGAGGACACCUUCCAGGACUACCAGGAGAUGUUCAUCCAAUUUGGCUACGUGGUGCUCUUCUCCUCUGCCUUCCCGUUGGCCGCCAUGUGUGCGCUGGUCAACAACAUCAUCGAGAUUCGCAGUGAUGCCUUCAAACUGUGCACGGGGCUGCAGCGACCCUUCGGGCAGCGGGUGGAGAGCAUCGGGCAGUGGCAGAAGGUGAUGGAGGCCAUGGGCGUGUUGGCCAUCGUGGUCAACUGCUACCUGAUCGCGCAGUGCGGGCAGCUGCAGCGGCUCUUCCCUUGGCUCAGCCCCGAGGGAGCCAUCAUCUCGGUGGUGGUGCUGGAGCACUUCGCCCUGCUGCUGAAGUACGUCAUCCAAGUGGCCAUCCCUGACAUCCCCGCAUGGGUGGCCGAGGAGAUGGCCAAGCUGGAGUACCAGCGCCGCGAGGCCUUCAAGAAGCACGAGCGCCAGGCCCAGCACCACUUCCAGCAGCAGCAGCGGCGCAAGCGGGAGGAGGAGGAGCGGCAGCGGCACGCCGAGUACCAGGCGCGCAAGGAGCGCGAGGCCAACCGCGACGAGGCCAAGGCUGAGGCUGCCGGGCAGGACCCGGCCCACGAGAAGAGCCAGAGCAAAGGGAAGGGCUCCGGGGGGUCCUCCGCGCACGGCUCCGACAAGCCCAAGCGGCCCAGCUCGCUGCUGGCCACCAAUAACGUCAUGAAGCUGAAGCAGAUCAUCCCUCUGCAGGGCAAAUUCCUCUCUGGGGGGACCGGGGCGGGCAGCACGGCCGCCAGGUCCCCCCAGUCCCCCACCAGCAGUGAUAACAAACUCCCCGGCUUCCUCAGCUUCAAGUUCCUGAAAUCUCCCGAAACCAAGAGGGACGCGGCCACCGAAAAGGUGCAGUCGCCCACCAAGCCAUUCAACCCCGGCAAGCUCUUCAACUUCGGCAAGUCCGAAGGGACCGGCGGCAACGGGGCCACCGCCUCCCCCCAGCCCCGUGCUGGCCCCUCUGCAGAUGGGGAGCGGCCGGGCCCCAGCAAGUCCCACCUCAACGGGGCUCCAGAGGAUGGAGCCCGCGAGGAGCCGGAGCCACGAGCAGAGGAGGAGAGCGGGGGUUACAGACUCUGAGCCAGGCACGCCGGCCCCAUCCCGGCCCCUCCAUCGCAGCCCCUCUGCUGGGACCCCAUCACAACCCCAUGGAGGUCCGGCGGUGCCCUCG